AUGGCCUUCGCCAAUGGAGUGUAUCAGAUGCAGCCGUUGUACAAGCUGGCCAUCUACACACUGGCUAGCCAUGCCCCUGGCCUCGCCGGUCUUGUUGCAUUUCAAUACAUCGCCUUCAAGAGAUCUAUCAGCGACGUCUCCCUCCGAGACGGCUCUGUGAUACUGUGGUUUUCGAUGUUCGCCAUCACGGCUUUCACUUGCAGCGCCGUGCUCGCGAGCGCAUCGUUUAUGCUCGCCGAUUACUUGCGGCGGAUAGCGAUUGACAAAGCCAUGUUGCAAGGCUUCGGGCUCCAACUGCCUGCCAAAAGCCUUAGGCACAAUCGCAUCGGAGUUUCUACGGUUUUCUUGGCCUUCGUGAACUUGGCAUUGCUGUUCGUGGAGCUCUGGCAGAGUGUGGUGUUCAGCAGAAUGCCCCUGAAAGACGUGCCUUUAGAAGGCAUCCAGCGCGUGCUGCCGCUGGUGCUGUACCUAGCGAGCCUGCAUGGACUUGCGCGGUCGCCAAAGGUUCGAUGGCAUGAAUGCCAGUGGCUCAUGCGAAACGCGCGACCACUUCCGACUUUCCUGCUGAUGGAAAGAGAAGACAUCGAGCAGGUUCAAUGGUCUCAGGCAUGGAUGCGCCAGAAGAUCUGGGCAGUCCGUCAACCGUCAAGGGAAGAAGGCAUUGAGCUCGCGUCUCGCAACAGGACAGACGAGGUCAGCGUCUCAAGCCCAGCACUGGAGCCUGACGUGUCUGACAAGUUUUUCGCGGAUCUCCCUUCGCUGGUAGAAAAGGUCCCUGCUCUCAUGUCUCACCGCCGUGGUGCGCUGCCAGUACACCUGCUCUUGGUUUUCGUCUUUCUAGCUUUGCUGGUGUAUCUCCCAGCCGCAAUGCUCCAGAUUUACAAGAGGCUUUUCACGCCGCAGAUCAACAACUUCGAAGUUCAUGGAGGCCAGUUCUUCGAGGAUAAGGGCAAGGUGCACUACUGGAUCGUGCCGGACGAGGGUGAAGAUCAGGUGGUCCUGCGCUUGACUGCAGACACAUCCACGGCCAGCUCCUUUUAUGUUUGCCCAGGCGACAGCUGUUGGGAGCCUCUGCGCAGGAAAGCGAACAUGCGGCUCAACUCCCAACAGCUCACCAUGGAGCUGUCUCGAGAGAAAUUCGGCAUGCGGAGCUCCUUUAAGCUGUGCGGAUUCUUUACUCGCACCGUCUACGUGGCCGUGGUAGAUCUCCCGAAGGUUCAGAUCACUCUUGGGACGAUGAGCAGGAGUGCUGUCGUGAGCGGCCAGCCCUCUGCGUUCAGAAGCAAAUUCCCAAGUGAGAGGUUCCAAGGGGCCUGGGAGUCUGACUCGGGGAAGAAAUUUCUUCUGAACUUUGCGAGCAGCGAGCUCUUUUACAAGUUUGCCAGGCCAAGCGCUAUCAUGGCGACUGAACAAGCGGCUACUUCCCAGCCGGACCGGAGGCCGAGGACGCCGGGCUCUUCGCCGAUCCGGGCGAGAUCCCCGGCUGCGCCUUCGACACCGCCGUAUGGUGACGGCCUGGAUGGCUCUGGCGGCGGCGGCCGGAGACCCUUUGCUGACUUCAGAAUGGAUGCGGCUCCUCGGUGGGAUGGUGAGAGACCGGAGACUCAGUACAGGGAGUACGCGCGGAAUCUCCGGAUGUGGCUGGUGGAGGCAUUGGAGCGAUUGCCUCCGACUUUGAUCGGGAAGCGGAUCGUGGACUCGAUCCCCUACGGCAGCCGGCUGUCUGCUACGCUGUCGCAUUUGACAGUUGAGCAGAUAACGGCCCCCGACGGCUACAAGGAGAUCGUUCGCCUGAUCGAGGAGCAGCAUGAGUACUUGAAGGUUGCAAAGCUGGAGCAGGCUUUUUCAGAGGCGAUCUUCAAGGGCAGCCUUGCUGAGCUGAAGAAGCAGGGCCUGGACUUGCUGGCAACGGAAGCCGGUGGGCACCUGCUUGGACAUUUGGUCUUGCGGCAGGGCGGCUUCACAAGUGACCAGCAACAGCGGAUCCGGGUGCUGACCGACGGCAGCAUCCAGUUCAAGAAAGUGGAGGAGGCGAUCCGGAAGAUCUUUGGAGACGCGGUGGACGAGGCUCCGCCCGGCCGGGUCUACUGGGGUGAAGGAGAUGAAGAAUGGGAUCAGGAUGGCGAGGACUACGCCUACGACUCCUAUGGCGGCGCCUACUACCAGGAUGCUGGAUAUGGUGGUCCUGAUGACGGGGCCGAGACCUACUUCCAUGGGCAGGAUGUGUUCUCCGAUCUUCUGGAAAUGGAUGAGGCUGGCGAGGUCUACGUGUGCCUCCACGAACCCCUUCCCCAGAUGCUCGAAGAGGCCGAGGCCGUGGAGUACGCCGGGGAGCUCAUGAACUAUGUGUACGGCGAGACGGCGGAACGUUGGGCCUCAAAGGGCAAAGGGAAAGGGAAGCGGCCAAAAGGAACAGGCAAGGGCAAAGGGAAAGACGGUGGACCAGCCAAGGCGGCCGGCAAGAACACCAAGGGCUUCGGGAUCUACGGGACGAGCUCCCAGGACCACCGACGAGCACUUCAGGAAGCCCGGACCAAUCGUGGGUUUUCCCGUGGUGAGUUCCAGAAGCCCCGGACCUCGAUUCAGGACUUGAAAAAUAGGAGCCGGUGCCAUCAGUGCCACCAGAUGGGCCACUGGAGUCGUGACUGCCCCCAGCGUCGAAGGGCUCCUUCCUUGGCGAGCACGCGGCCCAGCUCUCCCGGUGGCAGCACAGGUGGCCGGACCAAUGGUGGACCCACCGCCAACAUGUUUUUCAUGACAGAGCCUGGCCCGGAACCUCUGGGUGGUCAAGGCAUGUUUUGGUCUCAGGAGAUAGAAGCUGAGGCACAAGUGUUUGCGAUUUUUGUCGAGGAGCAGCUGCCGAAGGCGGUUUGUCAAUCUGACCUGGAGCUGCCUUCCGCUGCGAGUGCACACAUGAGUGAAGCCAUAGGUGAAUGUAGUGCGCUGAUCGACACUGCUGCGCAGCACAGGCUGAUUGGGGAGGAGACCCUGCACAAGCACGACAAACUACUUCAACGAGAAUUCCAACUUCGGGCGCAAAUAACAAACGAGGAUGGGGGCACUGUGCGCGGGGUAUGUGGGGCUGAACAAGUGACCAAGGUGGCAUACAUCCCCAUCGGGCUUGGUUCCAAGGCGGGUGUGCUCAGAGUCCAAGUGGUCCCCGGAAGUGUACCCUGCUUGCUGCCCGCCUACCUCCUCACAAAGCUCGGUGCUGUCAUUGACAUGUGCAAUCUGCUGGCUGUGUACACGGAAGCGAACACUUUUCAGUACAUGAAGCAUCGGCUGAGUGGACAUGUAGAAGUCAACAUCUGUGAGUUUGGGAAGCGAUGGUGUGUGCCGGAAAAUUACUCCUUUCUCAAGAGUGAAGUUUGGGACCAGGGACCGAUCCCGAGACCCCUUUCAGAACUCAGCGUUUCCGUGGUGAAUAGAACGGGGCAAACUCUCCCCUUGCCUCCGACGAUGGUGCUUUCGCAACCUCGACACCGCUCCCUGCGGAGACUGGCGGCUCAGCGAGAAGCCCUGGAGCGACGUGCUUUGGAGCUGCAGCAACGAGAGGCAGCUUUGCUGGCGCAAUCCAGCGCUCAGCCCUUCCGGCCGGCCAAUCGUUUGGCCAUGGUGGACGACGGCCAGGAACUACGACCUCGAGCAGAACAUGUGGGCCGAAGCAAGUUUCUGACACCCGUGUUGAAACCAACACCGGCGUGUCAGCACCUGGACGGAAGCACGGAGCGAACGCGGAUGAGCGAGUGGAACUCCAUCAUGAUUUAUCGCAAACCGGAUUACACCACUCCCCUCGCGAAGAAGGCCGAGAAGUCCGAGAAGUCCGACAAGAAGAAGGCUACGACGCGUCCUCCAUCUUCCCCGGCGACGAGCUCUAUGGUGCCACCACUGCCACUAGCAGCGAUCGACCGGAGGACGAGGCCUUCUCAAGCACCGGUGAUGGACAUUGGAACUCCCGACUCGCAGGCCUACCACAAUUCGGACAGGGAGCCGGAGUCCGACCUCGAGGUGAUCGGGCGCGACCUGCUGCAGAUGGAGGUGGACGGCCUGGAGCCGUCUGUGGAGCCACCAGCCCUGAUCCAGAAGUGCCCGAUGUGUCCUUUCGGCGGGCUUCACCUGAUGUACUACAAGCAGGAACAGAGGUUUGUGUGGCGAUGCGCGGGAGGUUCGAAUGGUUGCCACCUGGCGUGGCUGGGUCACCCCGAGAUGGAGCUGGACAGCACUCUGGCGUCGGAAUGGCCGGAGGUGAUCAAGGAGCACUACAAGCAUGGCGGCUACAACCCCGAGGUGACGAACGCCAAGUCUGUGGCCUCCGUGAGUUGGUGGAUUGGUUCUACGAUGGUGACCCGAGUUGCGAGUCCUCUUGGCACCCGGGUGAUCGCGGCCAGAUCGGGAAAGCAACGAUGGAACGUCCUGGAUGUGAACCGGUUUCCCUGUGCACCAUAUGAACUACAAGCGAUGAUGACCACUCUGGUGGUGCAGGAGGUGGACCAGGACUUCAUCGACUGCGUUCGGGAGAAUGACUAUGACCCGAUCGAGGUGACAUUGGAAAAGAAUGCCAAGAAGGAGCUGGCCCAGGCGAUCGACAAGACCAUCGGGACCAUGGACGCCUACUACGACCUCUGCGAAGAUGGUUUGGAAGAGGAUGGCGAAGGCUCCUGGGUCAUUCCCGGACAUCAGACUAUGCGGUGGACGGCAGCACAGGUCCUCGUAAUCCUGUACCGUUGGCCAGUUUUCCAGUCGUCGGGUGCUGCUGGCGGAAAUGCCGAGAACCAGGUCUACGUGUCGACCGAGGAGAUCAGUGUAAGGGAGAAAGCCGAGGUGUUAUGUGCUCAUGUGAACCUCGGUUGUGCCAAGGAACGUCGACCACCAACCCGACUUCCGGCGGCGACGCCGCGGUUCUACGACUUCAACGUGGUGAUCGGGGUCGAUGUCCUCUUUGUCGCCGGUGUCUCCAAGAAGGCCGAACACCCGGUGAUCAACAUUACCUGCCUUGGGACCCUCUACAGCACCUUCGGCUUGAUUGAUGCCAGGCGGAGGAAUUCAGCGCUGACCUGGAGUUGUUUCAACCGGUUGUGGCUCAGGGUUUUCGGGGCUCCUCAGUGUGUCUUCUUCGAUGAAGGAAAGGAGUUCACUGGUGGGCCAUUUCAAGAUGGGCUGGAGAUGCAUGGGAUUCAGCCUGUGGAGAUCAACAGGCAAUCGCCCUUUGAACUUGGAACAGUGGAACGACGCGGUGCUAUGUUCAAGGAGGCCUACUACAAGACACGUGAACUACGACAACCGCAAGAUCUUGAGGAGGUGGAAGCUUUGAUCUUCGAGACCUCCUGGGCGAUCCAGACGUUGACCAACAGGUCAGGAUACAGCCCGGCGCAGCGGGUAUUUGGGCGACAGCCUUCCUUGACCCUGGACAUGUUGGCCGAUGGUCGCGAGUACGCCUUGAGUACUUCGGCUGAGAACUACAACGACUUGAAUUUUCCGAAGGAGAACCAGUUCUGGUAUGGCGAGCUGGGCGACGUGGCUCACUGGCUAAAGUUGGGCCAUGCUAUGUGGUUCUUCAACGGGGUUUUCAAGCUCAGCGCUGCAGACCAAGCUGGACUGGAGGCAAUCCCGGAGGACAUUCUGACAGGGCAAAGACCAACGAGCCGGGACAAGAAGCUGUUUGAAAAGAUCCUCUUCGCGGAUGUGGUCUACCUCGACCGGGAGAUCUACGGGUCGUUUGUCGGGCUCACCAAGAAGUCCGGGAAAGAAUUAAAUGAGAGGAACUUCUCGAAGGACGAGAUGGCAAUGUUCGAUGCUGCCAAAGUGGCUGAGGUCGCCACGCUCGAGAACGGGAAUGCGAUUGAGUUCCUGAAGACGAAGGAGGAGGCGGACCGGGUGCGAGCUGAAGAAGGCGAUCGAAUCAUUCCCUCUAGGUUCGUUUUAACGAAGAAGGCCGGUGAACUGGGUCAACAGUGGAAAGCCAAGGCAAGAUGGAUUUUGCUGGGGCAUCGCGACCCGGACGUGUCGGAGAUGGAACGGCUGGUCAUCAUGGAUGUGACGAGCGCUUUUGGCCAGUCUGAUCCACAGACGAGGCCGCAGGGAAACCUGUACGCUUCUUUGCCGACUUCCGGCAUACCGGGCCGACCGAAGUGGACGUUGAUCCGUGUGCUCACGGCGGUGUACGGCUUGGUGAACGCUCCAGCGAGCUGGCGAAGAACGGUUCGGCGGGUUCUGCUGGAGCUUGGCUACGUCGAGAGCGUCUUCGACCCCUGCCUGUACUUCCUGGAGUUCAAUGAGGCUGAGCGCCAGGCCGGGGCACACCGCGGCUGCGCUGGUUUGGUGCUUCUGGACGUGGAUGAUUUCAUCCAAGGGGGCGAUGGGCGGCACCAGGAGCUCAUGGAGACCCUCAAAAAGCGCUUCAAGUUCGGCAAGUGGCGCAUCGUGUACGACAACUACGGCGAGUACCUCGGGAGGACGAUCCGCCAGCUUCCUACCUUUGAGAUCAGGGUGGACAUGGAGCGCUACAUUAUGGAGAAACUUCGGCCGGUGCUUCUGACAAAGAAGGGUUUGCAAGAUGGUGACGAGGCCGAGCUGAACGAGAAGGAGGUCACGAUGUUGCGUGGGGCAGCCGGCUCUCUGCUGUGGGUUGGACGGGAAUGCCGACCUGAUGUGGCUGCUGCUUGUGCGAUGUCUAUGUCGUGGGGAUCCAAACCUCCACAGAUUCGCCAUAUCAAGAUGGCGAACAAAGUGAUCUCCGAGCUCCAACGGACCUCCAAGGUGUUCCUCCGAGUUCUUCCGAUCGGACUCGAGCAUGGCAUCUGGAUGAGCGUGUCGGACGCCUCUUUGGCCAACGAUGAUGAGAAAUCGCAGGGCGGUUUCGUGAUCGCCUACGUGGACCGCUCGAUCCUGGAUGGGGCCAUGGCUCAGACCAGCAUCAUUUGCUGGAAGAGUCAUAAGCUGCGACGCGUCGUGAAAGCGUCGUUAGGAUCGGAAACGCUUGCAAUGGACGAUGGUUUGUCCGAAAUGGAAUGGUUGCGGGCGAUGUAUGCCGAGAUCUGCAUCCCGGAGGCCAGGGUGAUGGAUAUGUCCCGCUAUGGUACUGAUGAGUCAGUGGUGGCUGUCCGACAACCUGAUUGCGAAGACGACACCGUGCUGGUGACGGAUGCCCGAGCUCUCUAUGACUUGUACCAGAGACGAAGCGGGGCUGCCGGCUUGGAUAGACGAGCCCAGAUCGACGUCGCUGUCCUCGUGACGUCCGCCAAGGUGUUGAACGCCAAGAUUCAUUGGCUACCGGGGCCUUACAUGUUGGCCGACAGCACCACGAAGCUCAAAGAGACCUACGAUUUUUACAGGCGUCACCAGAAGAGAAACGAUCUGGAGGAGACGAACAUCCUUUUGACUGGACUCACCGGGGCAGGUAAGUCGUCUGCAUGUCGCUUCUUGACGAUGAAUGAAUCGUGCAGGUACUCCAACAGCUGGAGUUCUCACACGAAAAAUGUCUCUGAGAUUACUGGCCACGCCUUCGGAGAUGAGUUGCAACCUCGCUUGAACGUCUUCGACAUUCCCGGCUUUGGUGACACGGAGGGCCCAGCCGUGGACGAGAGACAGUUCAACGAAACCAUCAAUCACUUGGCUGAUACGGAAGGGCUGGAUGCUAUUUUCUGGGUUGUCAACGGCGCCAUUCGCCGCAAGCUAGGCAUCCGAAGACACAUGUUGCAACAGUACAGGAAAGCCUUCGGCUCCCAAUUUCUUGGGAAGCUGCACGUCAUCAUCAACUUCGUUCCCUGGAUGCCGUAUGCCACCCAAGAGCAGCUGACGGGCAAGUGGAUCGAAGAGUUCAGGGCAUUUCUGCUGUCAGAGGAGCAGGAAUUCAUGCAGGAUGCGUGGGAGAUGGUGGCAGACCGAGCAACGGGACUCAUCAGCAGGAGCCUGCAAGUUCGCAUCGUGGACAUGAACCCCAUGUACUUAGAGGAGAAGCUCCCAGUUCCGCUAUCAGCUCCAAUGGUCCACCGCCUACCGCCCUACUCCACGCCCAUGAACUUGGUGGAGUUGCUGGAUGCAGUGCGCGCAGUUGCCGAUUUCGGGAACUCUUCUGGCAAAAGGCUCGUAGUGAAUGCUGCGUGCCCGCUCCGUGGCUAUGGAGAAGUGGACAAAAGCCGAACGAGGAACGAUUUGCAAGCGACUCAGGACGGGCCCUUGUUGACAGUGACGCUGGAGGGUGAAUUCCUGGGCAGGGGCGACAGUCUGCUGGCCCAGUCUGCCCGCUUUGUGUGCGGCCAUGCCCCAGCUGACUCCGUGGUUUUUGUGAACCAGAGCGCCAGGGAGACUUCGAUUUUCGAAUUGCUGCUUCCUUACGAAGUCUCUGAGUGGCCUGGAGUAAGGCUCUGCUUUCGUGAGGCGCCGGGGGAGCCGGACGGGCGCACGGAUGUGUUGCGACACUGCCAAGAAGCUGGCAUGCUUGAGCUGGAGCGUUCUGCCUGGCCCGAUAAGGAGCAAUAUGGACUCGUUCAAACCUUGUCGGAUGAGGCGGAAGCAACAAUCAACGCAGUGGUCUUUGCUUCUGGUAUGGCGCAUCAUCAGUACCUGGCAGCUGCAGGCGACGACGGUGGCUUGCGGGUGUAUGAGAAGCUCUUUAAGCAGGGAAAGGAACAAUAUUGGCUGCGAGCAACGGUAGCGGCAGCCACGCAGACAAGCAUCGUCUCAUUGGCAGCGUCGCCUGGUGCGCAGUAUCUGGCGGUCAGCACUGCGAAUGGCAAGAUUGUCGUGUAUCACCGUGCCCAUAACUACCUGGCGUUGCGGGCAGUUCGAGACGACAGAAAUGCGACAGGGGUGGUGUGGUGUGGUGAAACCCUGGCUGCUGGCGGCCGCAGCGGGAGAUUGGAUAAAUUGAGGCUUCAAGAGAAUGAUGGAAAAUACACGCUGAUGCUUCUGCAAUCAUUGCCAGGUGGUGUAUCACCUGUUACGGCUGUCUCAUGCUCUGAAACGGUGAUUGCUACAGCGAGCACGGACGCGCGUGUCCGCGUGUAUUCGCACGCAGAGCUGCGGCCUACAUUGGACAGAGUCCUCCCGGACGUCAAAGCUGUGGCUUUGUCAGCAAAGUACCUGGCGUCUGCGAGUGCUGAUGGGAGAGUGUCAUUGAGUGGAUGGACACAUUCGUACGAGAAGAGCCGCAAUGAUGCCCAGGAAGCUGUCCUCUCUCUGGCAUUUUCUGAUGAAAGGCUUGCCGCAGGUAGCGCGAACGGAAACGUGUAUGUGUACAAGGUGACUGACGAUCCUGGUUUGCAGCUGAUGUCAGUUCUCAGUCACUCCCUGCAGCCCAUUCGGGCGGUGGCCUGGUCUGGUAAAGUGCUGGCUGCUGGAGGCAACGACACGAAGCUGCGGUUGUAUGCGCUAGAAAACGACUGGGGAAGGGGCGGUGGGGGUUUAGGGUAUAGGGUUUCAGGGUUUAGGGUUUAG